AAGCUGAUUUAAGAAAAAACACUCGUCUGUCCUGUUCUGGAUUAAAACGUGCUGUGACUGCCUGAGCCAAGCUUGGGGGAAAGCCUGGUGAGAGCAGACUAGGAGCAGAAGACUCAAUCCCUUGUGCAGCUGGACCAUCGUGCCCUCCUUUAAGCUGCCCAAACGUGAGUGCUGGCACAGGGGAGAUGGGAGAUGAAUGAGGCAGGGCAGGACUACCUGCCUUGGUGGCACCAUGGUGACCAUGUAGCCGGCCUGAGGGGCAGAGGGGUCCCUGGGGCGUAACGUUGGCACAGCGGAACUUUGUAGUAGUUUUGGCAGUGCGGCUGGGAGGAAGCGGGUCUGGUUGACACUGCUGCCAAGACAACCCAUGGGAGAAGAAAACGUGGCGGCAGUGUUUGUGACUCCCAUGCUGCCCGUCUACCCAGCAGCCUGUGCCCAUGGCUCUGGGACUUAGUGCUUGAAAGCAAGGGGCUGCCACGGGAAAUGUCUUCAUUUGCAGAGGAGGUAGGUGCAGUGACACUGAAGGGGAUGGGAACACAUGAUGUGCACCCACACCAGUCCCAGAACUGCAAAUCUGUAACGCCUCACUUGAGGAACUGGGCAGCACUGGGCUUCACUGGUGGUAGUGCAGAGCCAUCUAUGCCCCACUGCUAUGAGUGAUGUAGACCAAGGGGCUUUGUCCAAGACACUUAUCUUUGCAGGAGAAUACCCUUGGCAACCGAGCCCUUUGUUGCAAAGGAUUUGCUCAACUGCUGGAAAAUGGAGAGAAAGAGGAAGUGGAAAAGAAAAGAGGCUAGAGGAUUCAGCAGUAAACGUUUUUAGCCCCUUCUGACCCAUUGCCCUGCAGGACUUCAGAAAGCCCAGAUGGUCUGAAGGACUUCUGCAUAACUUUGCAGGUCAUGCUCAUACAGUCCAAAUACCAGGAUGCUGCCACUGGUGAAGAAGCACAGAGAAAGGUCCAAAGUAGUCACCUGCUGACAGGACAUUAGCCUUUUACUCCACAACCAUGUGAAGAGAAUGGCUUUACAGAACAGAAUCCAUACACAGGAUAUGGAUGAUGACUGCAAGGUCCAACAAGUACACGACGCAGAGAGAUGGUCACACAUUUGUAAUAAUCAGGCUGUUAAUCAAUGACUUCCUCUUUAAUCCUGAAAACAAAUUAAAAGUUGUGAAAUGCAGGGAGACGCAAUAACAUGAUCUAAUUUGCAAAGUGGCAAGGCUGAGAGUGGAAGCCCUGACAACAGCAAUGGCUCCAGCAUGGCCAAAGUGGUGGGAUAGUAACUUAGAUUAGUGCACUGUGAGGCAGCAUCCAAAGUGCAUGAAGAGCAAAGUGGUGACCUGCAGACUGUGCAGGGUCCACCUCCUUCUGCAAGCAGGCCAUGCUGAAUUUCCUCCACAUGGCUUUAAUGGGACAAUCAGUGAUGGAGCAUUUGCUUGGAAGACAGAGGAGAGCAGCGAAAAUCAGCUCGUGGCCAUGUGAGGCAUGACCUGACAGAGGUAACCAAGGGAAGGGGAAUGAGACCAGCCUGUUUCAGUUGUUACAUGGGUACAAUCUGGAAAGCCCAUUUAGCCUGAAGGAUGCUCGUGAAGACGAUCUGUACCUGACCCAUGGGGUAUCCAUCCUGUAUCCCUCCCACUUGUUUCCUCUCUCCUCACCCAGCACCCACCCUCCUGGAAAGGGUGGCAAUGAGAUACUGGGUUACGGGACCAGGUUUCACCAGAAAACCAGUUUGCCAUAAAAAGCUGAGUGAUUUUUGCCCUUCAGUAAGGAGGGAUGGCUCCCAGCCAGAAACCGUGUCCUAGAGAGUUCAAAGAGCUGGAGAGAUUGCACCCAGAGCCAAGGGUUUGUGCAAGCCCUAUGUGGGUGGGGUGGCAGCUCAACACACUAUAAGAAGCAUUAGGGAACUGAACAAACAAUGAACGUUGGAGCAGAGUCAGGAGAAGCAAUAUGGGAGAGCUUUGUGUCCGCUCCGUUCUGGUGACUGGAGCCAACCGAGGAAUUGGCCUGGGGUUUGUCCGGCACCUGCUGGGGCUGCCAAACCCACCCGAGUGGGUCUUUGCAGCCUGUCGGGACCCCAAGGGACAGCGAGCACAGGAGCUGCAGAACUUGGCUUCCAAGCACCCCAACCUGGUCAUCAUCCCACUUGAAGUCACCGAGCCCGCCAGCAUCAAGGCAGCUGCAGCCAGCGUUGGGGAGCACCUCAAGGGCUCAGGUCUCAACCUCCUCAUCAACAAUGCUGGCAUGCUGGUUUACAAGACACUUGACAUCGAGACACAGGAGGACAUGUCCCAGGUGUACGCCACCAACACCAUUGGGCCCCUGCUGCUGAGCCAGGCAUUCCUACCCCUGCUGAAGAAGGCUGCCCAAGGGAGCCCAGGCUCAGGGCUGAGCUGCAGCAAGGCAGCCAUCAUCAAUAUUUCCAGCAUUGGUGGUUCUAUCAAGGAAGUCUAUUUAUGGAAAUCUGCACAAUGUGUCUCGUAUCGCUGCAGCAAGGCUGCUCUGAACAUGCUCACCAAGUGCCAGUCCUUGGGCUACCGGGAACAUGGCAUCCUCUGUGCUGCUUUCCAUCCUGGCUGGGUGCAGACGGACAUGGGAAACACAGCCGGAGACACGCCCCCUGUGACAGUAGAUGAGAGCGUAGGAGGGAUGCUGAAGGUGAUCUCCUCCUUCUCCGAGAAGGACACCGGGACCUUUCUCGACUGGGAAGGGAAAGUUGUGCCCUGGUGACACACUGGACCAGCCUCAUGCCCAGAUCCUGGCUGCUGCCCGACCUCGACCACAUUCUCAAUAAACCCUUUUCUGAAUGCAGUGGUGUUGCUGUAUCUGUCUGUGCGCUCGACAGGCUCUGCCACACAUUGUGAGUCUGUGGAGCUGGGCUCCCCAGGGCUGGGGGCCGCAUGGGUGAGUCGGGAGCACAGGAUUCAUCAAGCGAAAUGUCCCAAUGGGUGCCCAGGCAGCUGAGGGCACAGAGCAAGUGGUGGUCAGUGCAGGCAGUUGGGGUGCAGAGCA